CAUCUUCUAUAAAUCGCUGGUAUCGAUUAUUUGCUAAAAAAUUCUGCGGUCCCGGUCUCUUGAAGUAUUUUGUUUUGUGGUAUUUUUAAAGUAGCACUUCAUAGGUAUAAGCGGUUUCUAAGCCGGGGAAAACUGCAUCCAGUUUUGUUGCAGCAAAUAUUUAAAGAAGCGUGUUACAUAUUGUAGCUGCUAUUAUUUUAAGUGGUUUAAUAACGGUAUAUUAUGUCUCAGUUUCUUAGAUGUGUUAACCUUAGGGUUCAUAAAAUUUGCCAAAAUGCUCCAAGUAUUCAUUCCCGACUUUUCCACGCGUCCCGUUGCAAAGAUUCCAAAGUUGCAAUGUCAAAAUUCGAUGCUGAUGUUUACUUGCCUUAUAAGAAGCUUACUAACACUUUAAAUAUUGUAUCCGGUCGUCUAAAUCGUCCCUUGACGCUUUCUGAGAAAAUAUUGUACUCUCAUUUAGAUGACCCCAAAAAUCAGGACAUUGUGCGCGGGACAUCAUACUUACGUCUUCGACCAGAUCGUGUAGCUAUGCAAGAUGCUACUGCUCAAAUGGCGCUUUUGCAGUUUAUAUCUUCGGGCUUAAAAAGAGUUGCAGUGCCCUCUACCGUGCAUUGCGACCAUUUAAUUGAAGCACAAAUUGGUGGAAAGCAGGAUUUAGCUAGAGCAAAAGACCUCAAUCAGGAAGUAUACAAAUUUUUGGCUUCAGCAUGCGCUAAAUACGGUCUGGGCUUUUGGAAGCCGGGCAGUGGAAUUAUUCAUCAAAUCAUUUUAGAAAACUACGCAUUUCCUGGACUAUUAAUGAUCGGCACUGAUUCGCACACGCCGAAUGGAGGGGGACUUGGCGGUCUGUGUAUAGGGGUAGGAGGUGCCGACGCCGUUGAUGUAAUGGCUGAUAUUGCUUGGGAACUUAAGUGUCCUAAGGUGAUUGGAGUUAAUCUAACAGGAAAGAUUAGCGGCUGGACGUCUCCUAAAGAUGUUAUUUUAAAGGUAUUUGUUAUGUAA